CACUUUUGGACGAAUGCGUGAACGAUUCUACGUCAAACUGUCCAAGAGCGAAUUCGCCCUUGAAAAGGUCCAGUUCCUAGGACACAUGGUGAGCGCUCAAGGAGUUCACGUCGACCCCAAGAAAAUCGAAGCCGUACGUACGUGGAAGACACCCGAGAACGUGAAGGAGUUGCAGCAGUUCCUAGGCUUCGCUAAUUACUACAACAGGUUCGUGCCACAGUAUGCGAAAAUCGCAGCACCACUCACGAAUCUGCUAAAGAAGAACACGCCAUACAAAUGGGAGCCGAAGCACCAGGAAGCCGUGGAGCAGCUGAAGCAGGCACUUACGUCCGCACCGGUACUCAUUUUGCCAGAUCUCGAACGCGACUACGUCAUCGAAGCUGACGCCAGUGACCAAGCAGUGGGAGCAGUCUUGAUGCAAGACCAAGGGAAUGGACUGCAACCAAUCGCUUACCUAAGUAAGAAACUACACGGGGCAGAACUCAACUACCCGAUACACGACAAAGAAGCCCUUGCCAUCGUCAUCGCCUUCAAAGCAUGGAGAUGUUAUCUCGAAGGACGAAGAACAACCGUCUACACCGACCACUGCAGCCUGAAAUACUUGAAGACACAACCCAAUCUUUCCAGGCGGCAGGUCCGGUGGAUCGACUUCCUCGAGACACACUUCCACUACGAUAUCGUGUACAAGCCCGGCCACAAAAAUAAAGCAGACGCUCUCAGCCGACCUGCACACCAGUCAUGACGCAAUCCUUGUCGUCAUCGACA